CUAUUUCGUCAAUUAUUGUGAUUUUUUAAAGAUUUUCAGAUACUUUUUUUACGAAUUAUUUUUAAAGAUACGAACACGUAAUGUCCGCUCCUGCUGCCGGUACUGGAUCUCCGGCUCCCAGCGCAGGGCAACCACAUGGUGGUCCUGGAAACUUCCAAGUGUUAAACCGUACCCAGGCUGAGGAGGAUGCGUAUGAUUACAAAUUGUACAGGAGCAUUGCUAAGCCGACCGGAGUCAUUGCAUCCAUUGCUCAUAUUGUGAAGGGAGCUUUAGGAGGCGGCAUAUUGGGUGCCCACGUGGCUUAUUCAAAAGCCGGUAUAGCCACGGCUAUUCCGAUAAAUUUUCUGCUGGGAACGUACUUGUCCAUAUGUUUACAUCUACUUGUAGAAUCCGCCCAAGUACUAUACCGAAGGACCAAAGUGCCUUCCAUGUCAUAUUCAGACGUGGGAGAAGCCGCAAUGUCAUGUUUUCCCAAUCCGAAAAUAAGAAAAUUCUCGAAACCUUUCAGGUAUACCAUUGAUUUAUUGAUCAGCCUUGAUCUCUUUGGAGCCUGUGCAUGCUAUCAAUUGAUUAUAGCCAAAACUAUAAAGCAACUGGUGGAGAAUACACAAGAAAGCUCCGAAGAACCUUUAAUAGAAGGGGGUUGGCAUCUAAGAGUCUACUUAGCUAUCAUGAUCGUGCCAGUAAUAUGCAUUUGUUUAAUUACGCAUUUGAAAUGGCUAGCACCUUUUUCCCUUGGAGCUAACAUUGUAGUCGGUAUCGCCAUUAUCAUGGCAAUUGGCUAUGCCUUCAACAACAACCCAGGGUUUACGGGAAUGACGUUAGUAACAACAGUCUAUCAGCAAUUCGAGUACAUGGGGAUGCUGGUCUUCGGCAUGUCAUGCGCAGGAGUGGUCUUACCAAUUGAGAACAAUAUGAAGGAGCCUCACAAGUUUAAGAUUGCACUUUUUAUUGGUAUGGCAGCGAUUGUGUUUUGCACAUUUUUCGUAUCCUUCUUUGGUUAUGCUGCCUUCUUGGAUAAGUGUACGAGCCCUAUUUCCUUGAAUUUCAGCAUGAACAUGGCCACAAAAAUUUUCAAAGGCUGUGUGGCCGCAAUGAUCUACGUAACCCACGCGUUAAACUUUUGGGUGCCGUUCAAUCUUUGUUUCUACUACAUCAAGAUUAGGGUCCAUCCUAGCAAGGCUCUCAUGUGGGAAUUGAUCUGCCGAGCUCUGUUCGUCACUGGAGUGGGAAUCAUUGCUAUUGUCUUCCCGAAUAUAAAUAAUUUGAUGGGUUUUCUCGGAGCCUUCUGUCUAUCCAACAUGGCUUUUAUCUGGCCCAACAUCAUCACUCUCCUUGUAAUCUGGGAGAGGCCAGGCUUCGGCAAAUACAGAUGGAGGCUCUGGAGAAGCGUUGUAUUCCUUCUGAUCGGUUUCUUCCUAUUUGUCUGUGGAAGUAUUGUCAACAUCAACGAACUUCUCUCUGUGUUCAAAUAGGCCAGAAUAAUGCGGAAUCAACGGCGCCAAGGUCGUAAUGUGCCAUUAAAUCUAAGGAACCAUCGUCCAUUUCUG